AUGUCCCAUGCAAAUAAUUCAUCAUCACUCAUUACUGAACCCUGGAUCAUCCCAUUCGAUGUCUUUACGAUCGUUUGUCCCCUCUUUGUUAUUCUACCAAAUCUUAUCUUCUUAUUCAUCAUUCUACUUGAUCGAACAUGUCACACAAUUCCCAUGAUUCUCACUGCCAACUCAUGUCUAGCACAAGUUGUUUUAGGAAGCGAUCUACUUAUCAUCAGUGGAUUUACACUGUACAACGAUCUCAAACAGAUUCACGAUCACUAUUAUCUUUGCACGUUUGCUGGUUACUUGACAUAUGUGACUUGUGCAGUGCUCAACUAUUCUUUUCUCCUACAAGCAUUCUAUCGAUAUGUCACAGUUGUUUAUCCAACACGUGUGUUCUGGCAAAGAAAACGAAAUCAACUACUCUUCGUUGGUGUCACAUGGGCAUAUGCACUGUUGUUUCCACUGGUCUUCGUAUUUACUGGUCAGAUUGUAUACAACGCUGACAAUCAGAUAUGUCAAGUACCACUCAAGCUUUCAGUUUCAAUGAUGUUCGCAGCACUCGGUGUUUAUGUCAUUCCUAUUGUAAUGACUGUUGUUAUCUAUUGGAAAUUAGUUCACUAUGUUCAUGAAAUGAAUCAGCUCACAACCUCUGUGAACAGGAUAACACGUGCACAACGAGAACUGAAGAUGUUUCGUCGUACUGUGACGCUUUUGAUGAUACUAUUCGUCAUAGAUUUUCCUUAUGCACUAUUUAUGUUUAUGUCCUUUUUCAAUCGUGCACCAGAAUAUCAUUUUCGUAUUGCAUAUGUAUUUGUUGACAUUGCUUUGGCGUGUGUGACGGUUGCUUUAUUCCAAUUUACUGAUCCAUUGAAACAAUCGAUUAAACAAAAGCUGCAUUUCUGCUUGCAAAUAGCAGUGGCGUGA